CUGAAAGAAGACAGUUGGAGACUGCAUCCCAGUGCAAUUCUGAUGUGGCCAAGCACUUACUGUAGGAAACACGCCUGACAUGAAGAAUAUUAACCAACUGCUGAAGGACAUCACCACAAAGCUAAUCUAGAAGAGACAGUGGUCAUUUCUAAACUCACAAACUGUAGGUAAUAAAUAAUAACAUAGGUAAUAAUACAGACCGUUGACACAUUUAUUACAGCAAUUAAAAAGCAGUGUGUUCAAUUGGCCUUCUUGAUCCACUUUUGAAAUAACUUCAAUGUUAAACAUGAAAUCCUGCCAGUCCAGCUGCGCUGAUUCCGGCUCCAAGUCUGAUUCCAAGGGAACGCCUGUCUUAGAGAAGACAGAGAAUGCUUCCAGGAGGAGAAUGGCGGCCAAUGCCCGGGAGAGAAAGAGGAUGCAGGGUCUGAACACCGCUUUCGACAGGCUGCGCAAGGUGGUGCCUCAGUGGGGGCAGGACAAGAAGCUAUCCAAGUACGAGACCCUGCAGAUGGCCCUCAGCUACAUCAUGGCCCUGAACAGCAUCCUAACGGACGCAGAGCGCUGCGGGAGCAGCUCACAGAGGGAAUGGCUUAACCAGCAGAUUGAGCAUUUCCAGCAGGAGAACUACCAUUCCUUCCUGGGGCAGGGGUCCCCGAUGAGAUACGAGAACUACACCCAGGCCAUCCUUCCUUACCAGCAUGAAAGCUACCAGAUUGUUAAUUAAACACUAGCAGUGUUUCCAAACGGAAUGCAGGGAAGAACGCGGCUGAGACUUUGCAAACCACUGAAUGUCAACAAACGUGUGCGAGCAACUGAAAUCAAUCACUGGAUGUAUUGCAGACGUCGGUAAAUACAUUUGUAUUCUGUUUUGUUUAAGUCGUUUUGGAUUUAUCUCUUUGUUUUGGGCCAAGUUAUGGUCUUUUUCCAAAAUAUAAUUUAAUGUUACCUUUUGGUCACUUUUAUACUUUGUAUAUUUUAUUUUUAAAGGCUGGAAUCUGUUUAUUUAACAAUAUCUGCGCACCAAUGUCCAUUAUCUGCAAGUUGCUAUAUCACCUGUUUGUGUGUUUUAGGCUUCCAAAUGCAUUGUUCUUGAGUUAAUGAAAUGAUGUCAAAGAUAUACAGUUGUGAUGUACAUUGAUUUUGUAAGACCGUUUUGAGGCAGGGCGUAGUCAUAUAUUAUGGUAUGUUAUCCAUAAAAUUACUAUUAAGGAAAAGAAUUAAGAAAAAAAUGUACUAGUUAUAUUUAAUAUAAAGGUAGAUUAUAUAUUUAGACAUACCACUAUUAUGUAAAUACUGUAUGUAUAGAAAAAAAAAGAAUAGUAGAAUGUCAGCCACCGGGCUAUUGGGUGUGUGAGUGUAAGCAGUUUGGUUAAUUGAUUUUCUGGUAAUUGACCCACAACCUAAAAGUAAAGCGGACACAUUGCAAGACCACAAAAUAAAUACAAAAUACAAGCAGUCAAUUUUGUUCAGUCCCUUUGAUUACCAGUAGUAUUUUGUACAGAAACAUUCGUUUCAAAAUGUAUGUGCAUUUGAUUCUCAAUAUACCUUAAACUUUAUAAGUUUGUUAACAGUUGCAAAUUUUGUAUUUUUUCUUUUGAUAUUUUCAGAUGGUGUUGCUUAAAAGUUGCUAUUUUUACUGUGUAAAUGAUUUGUUGCUUUAAGUAGUGAUACAGGAAAGCUAAAGAGGGUUGUAAGAGUUCAUAGAUCAGUUGUAUAACAUAGGCUACUUUUUAUGUUAUCUGUACAGAA